CAAGAAAGGGACAGCAUGCCAACCGAAGAUUCCGAUCAAGGGUACAUGGGUGCUACAGGAGGCCAACCAUUAUCUUUUGAUGAGGUGAAAAGGACCGGUGCACAGACAUAUCAAGUAUCGCACCUGUGCACCAACUGUGCUGCAAUGCAUGCAGAAAACAACGCGCUGCGACUACGGGUGGCAAAGCUGGAGCGUCAAAAUGGUGUGCUUCAGAAGAAACCGGCAAGCAUGGACUGUCAAAAGCCCAUUUUUUGGCAAUCCUCACCACAGUUAUCCCAGUCAUUCCCACACCACGAUCAACCUUUUCGUAUCCCUGGCUCUUCAUGGCCCUGGUUCUUCAUGGUUCUCAUGAAGCUCAGGCUGCACACACCGUUCCAGGACCUAGCAUAUCGCUUCCAUGUUACACCCAAGACUUUACGGAAGGCUUUCGAUGUAUGGCUGAGACACCCCUCACAGAUAGCAAAAGAGCUAGUGGCUUUCCCCCGGAAGUUGCGAGAAGCUGGGUCGCGGAUAAAGACACUCUCCACUUUCCAAGGCUGCGAUGCAUCAUCGAUUGCAGUGAAGUGUGUAUUGCAAGACCAACAAACUUGGAGACGCAGUAGGAAACCUGGAGCAAUUACAAGCAACAUUGCACGUUGAAAUACCUGGUAUUUGUGAACCCCCUCGAAGCAGUAUGUUUCAUAUCACACGCCUGUGGAGGGAGGAUUUCGGACCGGCAACUGGUUCUGCGGAGUGGGCUGUUAGACUUGCUACAAGAAGGAGAUCAAGUUCUUGCCGACAGGGGAUUCCUCCUCCAUGAGGAGUUCUUCUCACGGAACAUACAGCUUGUUAGAUCAAGCUUCACACGGGGAAUGAAACAACUUCCACAUGAGCUGGUGUGCCGAUCCAGAAGAGUGUCAUCCUCAAGAAGAACUGUGGAACGUGCAAUUGGACACAUCAAGAAGUCGAGGGUGAUGACUGGUACAUUGCCGCACUUCUUGCGCAAGGAUUAUAGUAAUAACCUUACUGUUGUUGCUGACCUGACCAAUAUGAUGACACCAUGGGUGAAGGUAUGACCAACUGGGUUUUGCCCUGUUUCUCACCGGUCUUCAAGGCCACCUCACCACGUCCCUAUGUCGCCUGGCUAGGUCGCACGCCAAUUGCACCCUACCGUACGACGAAUGUAUCCCACGAUCUGCUAUUCCAUGGCGUGAGGAAAUGCCCAAUAUCUCGUUGCACAUCCCAGGGCUAAGAAAGAAGGGCGAAUCCAGCUCACUGGAAACCAAUGCGGCUGCCGAGGUCCUAAUUAGUGACACUUUUCACGCUCACACUCUGGUGUUCACAGACGGCUCCGUUGACGCAGAGUGUAGGAGCGCUACUUCCUCCUAUUAUAUACCAUCGUUAAAUGUGACAUGGCAAGGAAAAUCAGCUCGAUACCCAACAUGCUCUACGACGGCUCAACUUCUGGCAAUAUUACAUGCAGCAGACGCGGUACAGGUCAGGGGAAUCACCAAGGCUGUGAUCCUCACGGACUCGCGUAGCGCUCUCCAAAUGGUGAUGAACCCCACAUGCAAUAGCAUUCUAGCAAGGUGUAUCAGAACGUCAUGUGCCCAACACAGGACGAUCGGUGGAGACAUCUCCCUGCAAUGGAUCCCCUCCCACGUCGGCAAUAGUGGCAACGAAAAAGCGGACCAACUUUCUUCUGCUCCACACCACAGCACUAGCACUAGUUUGCCAACCCUGGGAGACAGCGACAGAAAAUUGGUCAUCAAUGAGAUAGUUCUUAUGCAGCACCCUGGGCUCCGGGACAUCCUGGAAAAUCAUCGACAUGAUCUCCCACUGAAAGGACUUUCCCGAAGUGCACAAACCCUGCUCUUCAAGUUGCGAACAAGAAGCGCUUUCUCUAAAUCACAACUAUUAAUGAUUGGCUCUCUAGACAACGCAAACUGCAUUGUCAGCAAAUUGAAACUAUCGAGCAUAUCCUACUGCAUUGCGGUGCAUAUGCUGCGGUGCGGGAGAAAUGCCUUGGCGAUUGCAGGACUUGUACGGUCGAUGACAUCCCACAUCCCAGAGGCGCUUUGGAAAAGAUACUCCAAAAUUCGCAGCCUCGUCUGCUUUCUCCAGGAAUCCGGCCGCGCUCAAAGGCAAUGAGCACUGCUCGGACUUCUCAUCAACUCUGGCAGUGCCUGCCUUAGAUCGUAGCCUGGCCAACCACGGCGAGCAGUUUUCACCUUCACCACCACCACCACCACCAUGCUUUAGAUCGUAACUUUCGGCCGUCAUCAUUCCAUCUCUGUUAUCACAUCAUCUCAUCUCAUCCUGGCUACAGUCGUGACGCAGCCCACAUUCGUGAGACCAACAACGGCAAGCCGGUUUAUGCCACCACCACCACCACCCACCCUAUUUCUGUUGUUGGCCUUACUUAAAUGGGCAAUGUCAGGGCGCUACACGGCGUCAGUCAUUGCAUUGCCCACACUAGUAAAGGCGAACAGUAGCAAGCCCCUUGGUAGA